UGUCUCCUAGCACCCUGGGAUGCCGUUUAUGUGUCUCAGUCAUGCACACAAACAUGGCGGAACCCAUGGAGCUGCUCUGCUGGGGAGGCGACUGGGAUCUGCCAUCGGUGCACACAGACUCCCUCGUCGUGCUGGCUUAUGCAAAAUUUGCAGGCGCAAAGCUUGUGGUAAAAUCUGUUGACUGGACGUGGAGGACUAUUACAGCAUCUGUGCCACAACUACAUUAUGAGGGAUCCACAGUCACAGAACCAACACAAAUUCUAAACUUCCUACGAAAACAGAGUUUCAAUGCCGACUAUGAGUUGACAGCUAAGCAAGGGGCAGAUACAAUGGCUUACAUCGCACUACUGGAGGAAAAGCUGCUGCCAGCACUGCUGCACACAUUCUGGGUGGACGCAGAGAACUAUGCUAACCUGACCCGGCCAUGGUUUACGUCACAUUCCCCAUUCCCCCUCAACUUCUUUGUACCGGGUCGACAGGCCAGUUUGGCUCUGUCUCGCAUCUUACUGACCAAAGCAGAGUCGCCAUUGCUGAACAUCACAGAGGUGGAGGGAAAGAUCUACAGUGAAGCCAAAGAGUGCCUGAAUUUGCUCUCCCACAGACUUGGGAACUUCCGCUUCUUUUUUGGAGACACGCCUACAAGCCUGGAUGCCUUUGUGUUUGGCCAUAUCGCCCCUCUUAUUAAAGCCCCUCUGCCCAGUGGGCAGCUUCAGAAGCACCUGAACCAACUUGAUAACCUCUGCCAGUUCUGCAACACCAUCCUUAAAAGCUACUUUUCCGAUGCCACCGCUGAGAAGAGAAUGGACUGCUCACCGAUGGCUACCCAUGAUCCUGUCGAUGCAAACCUCCAGAAACUGACACAACUUGUUAACAAAGAGUCCAACCUUAUUGAAAAGAUGGAUGACAAUCUUCGCAGCAGUCCACAGCACAGACCGCACAGACACGAGGCCAAACCCUCAGCCCUGGCCAGCGAGAGGAGCUAAACCUGAUAAACCCCCUUCUAUCUAAGCACUGACUUUACCAUUAUUUAUUUUUUUCCAAUGGAAAUUGACAUUGAAAUAAUUUCCAAAUCAUAUUUGCAACACAACACCAUAAAGGGCUUGUUAAAUGGGCAGUCGUCAUCUGUUGUAUAUAAGUAUCAUUAGCACAUGAGGCAACUACAUGCAUUAUAAAAAGGAAAAUGCUUUUUUAGUAGCUUAAUAACAACACUGAGCUGACAGUUGAUGACUUGCGAUACAAAUGUUAGCAUUUAAAAGAAAUGUAGCUUUUAGUUCAGUUGCAUUGCUCUUAAUCAGUUUCCCUGGCUGUCAUUGGCUUUCUCUUCAAAUAAUAAUUGUAUAAGGAACUUUAAAUGCACUAGCUGGCUUUCUAAAUGCAAAAGCUUUUAUGUGUGUGUUCUUGUUUUUUUUUUUGUUUUUUUUUUAACUUUUAUUUAUUUUUUCAAUCCUGCCCAAACCAUUACAGGUAUAUUAUAAGCUUUAUGGUUUAUAGACUAGGUGUUUCAGCUUUUAUUUCAUGGUGGUGUUCAUAAUUAUAAUAGGAGUUCAAGUUUUUACAUCUUUAAGGUUCAUAACAGUUACUUUAGUGCAUAUGGGUAAAAUAUCAUGCAUGUAUCAGCAUUGUUCCUCAUUACAGUAUAACUUAAUCCAAUUUGAACUGAUCUUUCCAUUUCUCUCACUUGAUUACGUAACUUUCACAUUCUUGACUUUUGGUGCAAAGGGAUCUUGAAAUCUGAUUUUGUGUACUGUGUAUACAUUUAUUGUUCUUCAUCUGGAGGUUUUAUAAAUGCACGGAAUGCCUUAAAAGUCCAGUGCUGUGCCAUACCAUCUCACCUGACUGUAUUUUUGAUGUAAUCAUUAUUCAUUGUGUCUCAAGAAAUUGUAUAUUUCAAAAAAUAUUAGUGUACAGCAAUGUUCAAAUAUAUGUAUAUAUAUGCAAUAAAGUGAAAUUCUUUGAAAUAGAUAA